CCCAGAAGGAGCCCCAGACUUGCUCCCUAUUGGCCCUGCGCCUACGAUCGAAUCAAAUGGCGGCAAUCAUGCCCGAAUCAGCCGGGGGCGAUCCUGGGCACUCAUUCACCAAUGGCAAGCCGUGCAAUUACUCGCCGCCCUGGGGGAAUAACCGAAUAAGCGGUGGUUCGGACGCCAGUAACGGCACUACUCGCUCCACGGCUCCACUCGCGGCGUAUCCCCAGAUACCGAUUCUCACUCCCGUCGACCGGUUAGACCUCGGGGAUCACGGGGCGGCACACCUAACCACUCGGACUGCAUAAAUAACACUCGAUCCCAUCUCUACAUGGAACAGCAUGGACGGAUACUUUUUUUUCUCUUCUCUCCUUCCUGUCUCGAGUUCCUCUUCGACAAAAGUAUCUUUCCGAUAUUGAGGAACGAGGCUGCUUCGACACUUAUCUAUCUGCUGGUUGCGUCACCUGUCAUUGCUCCCCGCCUUUUGAGUGAUCGACGCCGCACUUUUCCCGUUUGAGCUUUGGAUUAUUUUUUCCCUGUCUUCCCUAUCUGCAUUGUAAAGCUUGCAUCCCCCGCAUAUUCCUUCGCGAUGCUUUUCUCUACGGAAAAUGCACCUUUCAUCCUGCUAGGUGUCGUCGUCGCCUAUUUCUUGGUGCCCUACCUGCAACGAUCGCGACUGCGGGAUAUCCCAGCGCCCAGCUUCGCGGCCUUUACCAAUUUCUGGCUGCUGAUCCAAGCCCGGCAGGGUAAGCGCUACCUGUCAGUCGAUGCCGCGCACAAGAAGUAUGGCAAGCUGGUGCGAAUUGCUCCUCGGCACGUCUCAAUUGCAGACGACGAGGCGAUCACCAGUGUUUAUGGACACGGCAAUGGUUUCCUGAAGGCUGACUUCUAUGAUGCUUUCGUCUCAAUUCGCCGCGGUCUCUUCAAUACUCGCGACCGUGCCGAGCACACCCGUAAGCGCAAGACUGUCUCGCACACGUUCAGCGCCAAGUCCAUUGGCCAGUUCGAGCAGUACAUUCAUGGAAACGUUGAAAUGUUCGUGAAGCAGUGGAGAAAGAUGGCCGAUCUCCAGGCCAACCCCAAGACUGGUUACGCCAGCCUGGACGCUCUGAACUGGUUCAACUACCUUGCUUUCGACAUCAUUGGCGACUUGGCUUUCGGUGCUCCAUUCGGCAUGCUCGAGAAGGGCCAGGAUAUCGCUGAGAUGCGUCUGCAUCCCAAUGACCCGCCCAAGUACGUCCAGGCCGUCGAGGUCCUUAACCGCCGUGGUGAAGUCUCUGCUACCCUGGGCUGCAUGCCUUCCUUGAUUCCCUUUGCCAAGUACAUCCCCGACAAGUUCUUCACCGAGGGUAUGCAAGCCGUCCAGAACCUGGCUGGUAUUGCCAUUGCCCGUGUCAACGAGCGUCUCAAGCCCGAGGUCGCGGCCAACAACACCCGUGUCGAUCUGCUCGCCCGUCUGAUGGAAGGCAAGGACACGAACGGCAACACUCUCGGCCGCGAAGAACUCACCGCCGAGGCUCUCACCCAACUCAUCGCCGGCUCCGAUACGACUUCCAACACUGCCUGUGCCAUUCUGUAUUGGUGCCAGCGCACCCCCGGCGUCAUCGAAAAGCUGCACAAGGCUCUGGACGAGGCUAUCCCCAAGGACAUCGACGUCCCCACCCACGCCAUGGUCAAGGAUAUCGAGUACCUGCAAUGGGUCAUCUGGGAAACCAUGCGUAUCCACUCUACCUCCGCCAUGGGUCUUCCGCGUGAGAUCCCCGCCGGCGCCGACCCCGUCGUCAUCUCCGGUCACACUUUCGGUCCCGGCGACGUCCUCUCCGUCCCUAGCUACACCAUCCACCGGUCCAAGGAAAUCUGGGGUCCCGACGCUGAGCAAUUCGUUCCCGAGCGCUGGAGCCCUAAGCGCCUCACCCCGCGCCAGAAGGCUGCCUUCAUCCCCUUCAGCCACGGCCCUCGUGCCUGCGUUGGUCGCAACGUCGCCGAAAUGGAACUCCUCGUCAUGGGCGCUACUGUCUUCCGCCUCUUCGAGUUCCAGAUCGAGCAGGAUGGCCCUAUGGAGACUCGUGAGGGUUUCUUGCGUAAGCCACUUGCUCUCCAGAUUGGCAUGCGCCGCCGUACUCCCGCAUGAGUAAUGGGCGUUCUUUUUUAACAAAAGGGGGGUUUUUUUUUGGUAUCGAAGGUGAAGCUAGGGCUUCGAUGGAAAUGAGUUCGGGAACCUAGGGUGGAUUAUCCAGGCAAUGUGGAAAUCAUCUUUGAUAUGUCCGUUACGCGACAAAGUUCUGCGACGAUUCCAUGUGCAUAGGUGGAGCGAGAACCUGGCGAUGCUGGACUCGCUGGCUGCCAUUGAUGAAUGACCAUGUUUUCUUAACUUUUCUCUAUUUUCUUUUCUGUGAAUUUCUACUUCGGUCAGCGACAGUCGUGUUGGGAUUGAGGUAAAUUGACGAUGUAUAUAUGAUGCAUUUGGAAUGACUCGGGAAAUUCCAUACUUUGUUUUCUGUUCAUGUCUGUGCCAAAUCCUGACGUAGUUGUAUGUGCUAUCCAAG